AAAAAAAAAAAAAUCUCUUCGUUUAUUGUUUAACUAAAUCUAAGCCCUUAAAUUAAUCAACCCGGUUUAGAAGUAGGUCUCCCCGCUAUUUCCACUUUCUUCUUCUUUGCAGUGUGAAUAAGAUAAAUCGAUAGCAUAUAUAGCCAAAGCCCAAUCUUUUUCUCAAACAUUGGAUUUUAACUUUGAAAAAGCUUACAACUUGUUCCAACUCUAGUUCUUCUUCUCUGAAAAUUCACCUGAUGAACCUGGAAACUUAACCUGCCAAAGAAGUUACCUUUAUGCCAAGUUAUUGAUUUAAAGAUUCCCCAUCUUGGGUUUUUAUCAGACAAAGUUUCUCACUUCGCAUCGAGGAGAGAUGAGAGAAAAAUUUGAGUUUUUAAUUUGCGUAUGCAUUUUCUUAUGGGGGAAUUGUUUGGGGAGGUUUGUAGUCGAGAAGAACAGCUUGAAAGUGACCUCGCCAGAGUCAAUCAAAGGAAUCUAUGAAUGUGCGAUUGGUAAUUUUGGGGUCCCUCAGUAUGGCGGAACCUUGGUUGGCACGGUUGUUUAUCCUAAAGCAAAUCAAGGCGCAUGCAAGAUCUUUGAUGAUUUUGGUAUCUCCUUCAAAUCAAAGCCUGGUGGACUCCCCACUUUUCUCCUUGUUGAUCGUGGAGAUUGUUUCUUCACCUUGAAGGCAUGGAAUGCUCAGAAGGCUGGAGCAGCUGCUAUUCUUGUUGCUGAUAGCAAGGAAGAGCCCUUGAUUACCAUGGAUACCCCUGAAGAAGAGAAUGCUGGUGUUGAAUACCUGCAGAACAUUACCAUUCCAUCAGCCCUCAUUAGUAAAUCACUAGGGGACAUCAUGAAGAAGGCCCUUACUAGUGGGGAUAUGGUUAAUAUGAAUCUUGAUUGGAGGGAGUCUCUUCCGCAUCCUGAUGAGCGGGUUGAGUAUGAGUUUUGGACAAAUAGCAACGAUGAGUGUGGGCCAAAGUGUGACAGCCAGAUAGAAUUUGUCAAGAACUUCAAAGGAGCUGCUCAAAUACUUGAGCAGAAAGGGUACACUCUGUUCACCCCACACUAUAUAACUUGGUAUUGCCCUGAAGCUUUUAUUUUUAGCAAACAGUGCAAGUCACAGUGUAUCAAUCAUGGGAGGUACUGUGCUCCAGAUCCUGAGGAAGACUUUAGUAAAGGUUAUGAUGGUAAAGAUGUGGUGGUUCAAAAUCUUCGCCAAGCUUGUCUUUUUAAAGUUGCAAAUGAAAGUGGAAAGCCAUGGCUUUGGUGGGAUUAUUUUACGGACUUUGCUAUCCGCUGCCCAAUGAAAGAGGAGAAGUAUACCAAAGAGUGUGCAGAUAAAGUUAUCCGAUCUCUUGGUGUUGAUCUCACUGAAAUAGAUAAAUGUAUUGGAGACACUGAGGCUGAUGUGGACAACCCAGUUCUUAAAGCUGAACAAGAUGCGCAGAUUGGCAAAGGCUCCCGUGGAGAUGUAACUAUACUGCCAACUCUUGUGAUAAAUAAUGGACAGUAUAGAGGGAAGUUGGACAAAGGAGCUGUUCUCAAGGCAAUUUGUGCAGGUUUUCUAGAGACUACAGAGCCAGCAAUUUGUUUAAGUGAAGAUAUACAAACUAAUGAGUGCUUAGAAAACAAUGGUGGGUGCUGGCAGGACAAGACUGCUAACAUUACUGCGUGCAGGGAUACCUUCCGUGGACGAGUGUGUGAGUGCCCAAUGGUUAAUGGUGUGAAGUUUUCAGGAGAUGGUUAUACACAUUGUGAAGCUUCUGCGGCUUUACGUUGUGAAAUCAAUAAUGGAGGAUGUUGGAGGAAAACACAGGAAGGAAGGACAUACUCUGCCUGUGUUGAUGAUCAUUCACAUGGUUGCAAGUGCCCGCCUGGGUUCAAGGGGGAUGGAGUCAACAGCUGCGAAGAUGUCGAUGAGUGCAAGGAGAAGCUGGCCUGCCAAUGUCCUGGGUGCAAAUGCAAAAAUACCUGGGGCAGUUAUGAGUGCAGCUGUAGUAGUGGCUUGUUGUACAUGCGAGAGCUUGCCGUAUGCAUCCGCAAGGAUGUUAAAACAGAGGUAAGCUGGGGCUUCGUUUGGGCAAUAAUUCUUGGAUUGGUUGCUGCUGGAGCUGCAGGAUAUGCCAUUUACAAAUACAGAAUCCGGAGAUACAUGGAUUCAGAGAUUCGGGCUAUAAUGGCACAAUACAUGCCAUUGGAUAAUCAACCUAAUAAUGUUCACCAUCCAGAUAUCUAAAGCAGCUGGAUUGCUAGCAACUGCCGGGAGGACAAGAGGCUGGCACAAUGGUGGCUGCAUUCCCUUAUUUUAUUGUGUUAUUAGUAGGUGUGUAAUGUAUUCAGUCAGUUGCUCUACUUAUCUAGUGGGAAGUUGGUUUCUGUUUGACAAUGUAAAUCUAAAUUAUAAGGGAUGCACAUAAUUCCAGUUUCAUAGGAAAAUUUUUAAUUUGCAUGGCCAUUCAUCGACUUGUUUGGGGUUUUUUUUUUCUU